CUCAUGCGGGCGGGGAGAAAGGCGUGGAGGUCCGCAGCUGGAGGUGGGUGCAGGCUGUGUGCGAGCUGAGCCCGGCUAAGGGGGGAACCUACAGACGGAAAAGAAGACUUGAUUGCAAACGGAACUGCAUUCUGCCUCGAAAUGAAACAAGCAGUUGGUGAGCCAAUGAGAGGCCAGGACGCGCAGACACAUUUAACCGAGGACCUUCCCAAAGCUAAGAAGUGCACAGUGAUCGGAGGCUCUGGAUUCCUGGGGCAGCACAUGGUGGAGCAGUUGCUGGCAAGAGGCUAUGCUGUCAAUGUAUUCGAUAUCCGGCAAGGGUUUGAUAAUCCCCAGGUGCAGUUCUUUCUGGGUGACCUCUGCAGCCAACAGGACCUGUACCCAGCUCUGAAAGGCGUAAGCACAGUUUUCCACUGUGCAUCACCCCCACCAGCCAGUAACAACAAGGAACUCUUUUAUAGAGUGAAUUACAUUGGCACCAAGAAUGUCAUUGAAACUUGCAAAGAGGCUGGGGUUCAGAAACUCAUUUUAACCAGUAGUGCCAGUGUCGUCUUUGAGGGCGUCGACAUCAAGAAUGGAACUGAAGACCUCCCCUAUGCCGUGAAACCUAUUGACUACUACACAGAGACUAAGAUCUUACAGGAGAGAGUGGUGCUGGGUGCCAAUGACCCUGAGAAGAAUUUCUUCACCACGGCCAUCCGCCCUCAUGGCAUUUUUGGCCCAAGGGACACCCAGUUGGUCCCCAUCCUCAUUGAGGCAGCCAGGAACGGCAAGAUGAAGUUUAUGAUCGGAAAUGGGGAGAACUUGGUGGACUUCACCUUCGUGGAGAACGUGGUCCAUGGACAUAUCCUGGCUGCAGAGCACCUCUCCCGAGACACAGCCCUAGGUGGGAAGGCAUUUCACAUCACCAAUGAUGAACCCAUCCCUUUCUGGACGUUCCUGUCCCGCAUCCUGACAGGCCUCAACUACAAGGCCCCCAAGUACCACAUCCCCUACUGGCUGGCCUACUAUCUGGCCUUCCUGCUGUCCCUGCUGGUGGUGGUGCUCAGUCCGGUCAUCCGGAUCCAGCCCACCUUCACCCCGAUGCGGGUUGCGCUAGCUGGGACAUUCCACUACUACAGCUGCGAGAGAGCCAAAAAGGCCAUGGGCUACCGGCCCCUGGUCACCAUGGAUGACGCCAUGGAGAGGACAGUGCAGAGCUUUCACCACCUCCGGAAGGUCAAGUGAGGCACCUGGAGACUGGGCGCCCUCACCACGUUCCCCAGCCAAUAACUGUGCCCCUGUUGACCGAUGAACUAACAUCCUUCAAAUGCGUUUCUUCUGAGCUUAUGCUCAGAAAGCUCCUCCUACUUAGAUGGGAGCACACCCUGCCCCUGCCAUGGCAUUUCCCCCUUGACAGGAUUGCAUUGGGGUUUCUUAAAGCAGGCAGCUUCAUGUUUUUUUGACUUUUUGUUCUCUCCCCCAGUCCCCUCUUUUCUGUGUUCCUUAUCACAAAGACCACCUUUGCAGUCACCCAUUUCAUUCCAGUGGCCUUGAGGAAGUGGUAGGAAGAAACAAGCCAUUUGAUAACGGAGAUGAAGAACCAUCUCCAUGCAAACCAAUACUAGAGCGAAGCCACCGCACCUGUUCAAGCAACUACAUCUUAAAAAUACCCUAGAAGGAAGCAGACGUUGUAAACACGGGCGGGAUUUCAAAUGUACAUUUCAUAUCGACACUGAGUUUAGAGCAAAAACUUAAAGCUUCAAUGACUGUAAUCCCCCCAGUCCCUGGGAUUAAAAAAAGACUGCUGGUUUUUCAACUCCUUAGGCUUCCAAGUUCUCUUUCAGGAACUGUUGGUGCACCUGCCUGCACUGUGUUUUCAUAAAACAUUUCUCUUUAUCAACA